CUCGCCGCGCUGCUCGUUCGGCGGCUUCGCUCCGGGGGUAGGAGGGAGAUGCCUUCGCCGCGGUGCUUCCACCCCCAGUCCUCUCCGUGCCGGGGUGGGCGGUGAUGUGGAGCCGGGAAUGUAGAGCAAAACCCUCCCCGGCAAGAAGCGACCAAAACAAACCUCUCGCCGUGCCUUUGGCGGCCGCGCAGCGCCCGGGGAAGCCCGAGCAGCCCCUGCCAGCGCCGGGGAAUCCCUCCUCCAGCCCCCGGCGGUGCCCCGGCCGCCCGCCGAGCGAGCUUCAGGAAUGGAGCUGUCUAUCUGAAGAGGACUCUGCACAAAUAUUUGUAGUCUUCAAAGCUCCUAAAGAGCUUUCUCCUAAAGACUCUGGUGUUACAGCUGCAUCCUUUUCAGAAUGGCUGAGAAGGCUCCACCAGGGAUCAACAAAAAGUCUUCAAGGUCUACCCUUUCUCUGCCUCCAGAACCAGUGGAGAUCAUUAGGAGCAAAGCCUGUUCGCGGAGGGUUAAAAUAAAUGUUGGUGGGCUCAACCAUGAAGUGCUGUGGAGGACUUUGGACAGACUUCCAAGGACACGAUUAGGAAAGCUCAGAGACUGCAAUACUCAUGAAUCUCUGCUAGAAGUAUGUGAUGACUAUAAUCUAAAUGAAAAUGAAUAUUUUUUUGAUCGACACCCAGGGGCUUUCACUUCCAUUUUGAAUUUCUACAGGACAGGGAAACUACAUAUGAUGGAAGAAAUGUGUGCUCUUUCUUUUGGCCAGGAGCUCGAUUACUGGGGGAUUGAUGAGAUAUAUUUAGAAUCUUGCUGCCAGGCAAGAUACCAUCAAAAGAAAGAGCAGAUGAAUGAGGAGCUGAGGAGAGAAGCAGAGACAAUGCGAGAAAGAGAAGGGGAAGAGUUUGAUAAUACCUGCUGCCCGGAGAAGAGGAAGAAGCUCUGGGACUUGCUGGAGAAACCAAACUCAUCUGUGGCAGCAAAGAUUUUGGCCAUUGUGUCCAUUCUGUUCAUCGUACUGUCCACUAUUGCUUUGUCUCUUAACACACUGCCAGAGCUUCAAGAAAUAGAUGAAUUCGGGCAGCCAAAUGACAACCCUCAGCUAGCACACGUUGAAGCUGUGUGUAUUGCUUGGUUUACCAUGGAGUACCUUUUGCGUUUUCUGUCCUCACCAAAUAAGUGGAAGUUCUUCAAAGGCCCAUUAAAUGUCAUUGACUUAUUGGCUAUCUUGCCAUACUAUGUUACUAUUUUUCUUACAGAGUCCAACAAAAGUGUCCUGCAGUUCCAAAACGUCAGACGUGUGGUUCAGAUAUUUCGUAUUAUGAGGAUACUAAGGAUUCUUAAGCUUGCCAGACAUUCAACAGGCCUUCAGUCUUUAGGUUUUACACUCAGGCGGAGUUACAAUGAAUUGGGCUUGUUGAUAUUGUUUUUAGCCAUGGGAAUAAUGAUAUUUUCGAGUCUUGUAUUCUUUGCUGAAAAGGAUGAAGAUGCUACAAAAUUUACCAGUAUCCCUGCAUCAUUCUGGUGGGCAACAAUCACUAUGACUACUGUAGGAUACGGUGACAUUUAUCCGAAGACAUUAUUAGGUAAAAUAGUUGGAGGACUUUGCUGUAUUGCUGGAGUGCUGGUCAUAGCCCUGCCUAUACCAAUUAUUGUGAACAAUUUCUCAGAGUUUUACAAGGAGCAGAAAAGACAGGAGAAGGCAAUUAAGAGAAGAGAAGCACUUGAGAGAGCUAAAAGAAAUGGCAGCAUUGUCUCCAUGAACUUGAAAGAUGCCUUUGCACGCAGUAUGGAAAUGAUAGAUGUAGCAGUAGAUUCAGGUAAGCCGGGAGAAGCAGCUAAUCCAAAGGAGACACCUGAUGACAACCACCUGUCCCCAAGCCGGUGGAAAUGGGCCAGAAGGACAAUGUCUGAAACAAGCUCAAACAAGUCUUAUGAGAACAAAUACCAAGAAGUUAGUCAACAAGAUUCUCAUGAGCAAUUAAACAACGCCGCAGCAUCCUCCAGCCCACAGCACCUUAGUGCCCAAAAACUGGAGAUGUUGUAUAAUGAAAUUACUAAAACUCAGUCUCAGCCUAAUCUUAAUGCUGGUUACCAAGACCAGUCAGCAAAGCCACCUAUGUAUGAAGAAGAGAUAGAAAUGGAAGAAGUUACAGGUCAGAGAGAUCCAAUGGCAACUGGACCUACAGACAUGAUAACAGACAUGAGAAGCACAUCCAGUAUCGACAGUUUUGCCAGUUGUGCGACCGACUUCACAGAAACUGAGAGGUCUCCCCUCUCUCUGUUUCCUGUCUCGCGCUUGCAAAUGAGAUUUCCAGCUGAUGCUGUUGGCCUGGAAGAUAACCAAAGAGUAAGGAGUUCUCAGUUUAUACCAUUCACAAAAGAAAAAAUGUUUUCUCCAACCGAUGUCACCUUUGACUAUAAUCCAAUUGACAGAGCUGUUAUCAGUGACGGCAGUGGAUCCCAAACUGUUUUGCAUGGUCAUUUGCAUUUAGACACUGCCAUGGAUAGUCCCAAAAGUUCCAUGAAAGGUAGCAACCCAUUAAAAUCUAGAUCACUUAAAGUUAAUUUUAAAGAUAAUAGAGGUGGUGCUCCACAAACUCCACCGAGCACUGCAAGGCCACUGCCUGUAACAGCAGGAGCAGACUUCACACAGGUCACCCCUCAGCAUAUCAGCACUAUUCUCCUUGAAGAAAAUUCACCCCACGGUGAACGACCUUUACUUGGUGCUGAUGCAUCUGCACUUUGUCAGGGACCUGUUAAAAAAUCAUCCCCUCUCUUUCCCAAACAAAAGAUUUUCACUUUCCCUUCAAAAGAGAGGAGGAGCUUCACUGAAAUAGACACUGGAGAAGAAGAAGAGUUUAUGGAGUUACAUGGUAUAAAACAUGAAAAGCAACACGAUAUCAAGACAAAUUGCUGUGGGGAUAAACACAAUGAUGGCAACCAUUUAACAGAGGAGCCACAGGUCAGCUCUUCACCCAAAAGCGUCAGCCACAACUGUACUCAAGACAUUUACCAUGCUGUGGGUGAGGUAAAGAAAGACAGUAACCAAGAAGGCCACAGAAUGGAAAACCAUUUAUUUGCCCCAGAAAUCCAUUCAAGUCCCGGAGAAACUGGUUACUGUCCCACACGUGAAACUAGCAUGUGACUAGUUACAAAAGCAAUAAAAAUACCUUUUCUUAAAACACAGUUAGUAAUGCCUAUGAACUAAAACAAGGAAAGCCUCAAAAAAGUGCAUAAAAUAUUAUUUUUGCGUGGCAUGAAGAGUUGUUUAGUUUAAAUACUGUUUAAUUAAAAAAAAAAGACCGCUUUUUGUAACAAACUGAAAAAAAACAGGAAAAAAAUGACUCAAGAACAGUGAAUAAAAUAAAGAGCGCUCUGUUAGGAGCCAGUGUUCUGCAACAUCUGACAUUUUUGAUCCUUUCACUUAUGAUUGUAGACAGAAUUUGAUCUCUUUUAACUUUUUUCUUUUCUUGGUUACAAUGAAUUUUAGAAUUUGCACAUGAAAGGAUGAAAUGUCAAUGCAUGUGUUCAUAAAGAUGUGAAACAAGGUGCUUUGAGCUUGCAAAAUGCAUAUAUUUGUAAAUAGUUUGGGGUUGGGGGGAAAGGUACUGUUAACAAGGAUUUAUGGAAAAAGCAUUUCCUGGGACACAGGUACUUCCUUCACAGCAUGCUGCCUGGAGGGUUUGUACAGACUUAUGUUGCAAAAUUGCAACUUCUACCUAAAGCAUCUCACAUAUCUUGCUUUCUGUUAAAAAGCUCAUGAGUAUAUCUGUUAAUUAUGCACUGCAGUAUUUUAGUUUAUCUGUGCUGUAAAUCAUGAAGGGUUUUUUUUAUUUGCAUAACUUUAGUUACUGCAUUUGUCAGUUUAAUUACUGAUCCUGUGAGGAAAAGCAAAGAUUUAAUGACCAGAACUUGAAGCAUUUGAUAUUUUUAUAGAAAACUGCCAAUACUUCAUAACUGAGAAAAAAAAAAAUGUUCCAUUUUAAGAUAAAAUAACCAUAGAGUUAUUUCUGUGGCAAUAAAUAGUGCCAAAUGGCUACAUAGACAUAUCCCAAAGUUCUCGAUCUCUUAGAAUAUUUCUUUUAACUUGGUAUUAAAAAAUAUAUUACCCAUGUUAUUUUUUUCCUUUUGAUUUAACAAUAUUUGCUUCUACAUGAUCUUUGAGCUCUCUUUCCCUUUUCUUUAUAUGAAAUGCCUAUACAUGGCAUUGCAUAUAAAGAAAAUAAUGGCAAUGUUGUUGAAGCUUAUGGUGUAAGGAGGCAAGAGACAAGCUUUGUAGGAGGAAGUAGUACCUAUCAUUAUCACAAAUCGCAUAGCUGGAAAAAAAUAGGCUUCAAGUACAUGUAACUUGCCCUACGUCUUCCAUGCCCCAAAGCUUGUCUGUGUUUUUCAGUUCAAUCAUUUGGACUGAAAGAAGGUAUCACCUGACUUAACAACUUUGCCUCAGCCCACACACCCAUGGCUGUUCCAAAAGCAGAAUAUAGGCUUUCCCCUAUACUUAAAUAAAGGGAAAUGUCAAUCCUGCCAAAGCAGCUUUGUUUCUGAUAUUCUUCAGCUUUGUAAAAGAAACAUGCUGAACCAAAGCCUUCCUUACAAAGUACCCAUCUAACCAUUGCCUGAAAAAAAGCUCUUAAGUUUUUCCGGUACCAAUAGGUAACCAUGCUAUAAUAUAAAAAGCCCAUAGAUCACUUUAAUUCCCUAAAUCAUAAGAAGUUUAUUCAGUUAAUUAAUCCUAAUCAUAAGCAAAGGUAUGCUGCUCCACAGGCAUUUCCUACAAAAUAUUCUUUUGGGGUAGUUUUUAGGAAAACAGAAUAUAGGUGGAGGGGGUUUUUUUGCUGUCCUUUGAUUUUCUGCUCCAUUACAACAGUUUUGUAAGAGCAGUAGUCCAGCCUUGCAGCUAAUAGCCAGAGGGUCCAGCAGUUAGAAGUCUGAGGAGGUGUUUAGAAAUUCUAGCAUCAGUUCCCCACUCCUCCACAGGCUCGUGGCAGAGAUUGCGCCUCUCACCUAUGCACAGAAGGGAACGAAUGCUUCUUCCAAGUGAGCCCCGUAGCAGCAAGCAUUGCAAGAAUACUGAGACAGCAAGAAUGGAAGCCUUAAAAGCACUUUAGACCAACCAACAUGUGGUUUGUAACAGCAGGCUUCUACUUCCCAUGGUGGACCUAGGUUAAUUUUUACUUAUGUGUCAUUUUCUGUCACUUAAGUGAGUAAAAGUUAGACACCUACUGCAUUUAAUGUAAAAGAACAAUCAUUUUAGUUGCAACACUACCCUCUGCUUGAAAUGACUGGGCUGAUGCCACAAACCUCACUCAAGCCUGGCCCAUGGAAAAGAGGCAAGUUUGAAACCCCAGAAUAUGGGUUGUGGUGGCUGGGUAAAACAGUGAGCACAGGGCAAUCCGUUGGUUAAAAAAACAAAAUGAAAAAAAAGUCUAUAUUUCUAACAGUUUUUUGAUUUCCAUAACAAGAUAACAGUGAGGUUUCUCUUCAGUCAUUUGAAAAUCUUGGAAUAGAAUGUUAGUUUUUCUGAACAAUGUCUGGUCAUUAAUUCUCAAAAUAGAUUUUUUAACAUUUUUGGUCCUUACUUGCAGUUCAUUGCUACUUGUUGCUGCAUUGUUUUACCUAUUUAUAUGGCAUUCUGCUUAACAUUUUUCAAUCAUGAUGUGUCUGACUGUUUCAAAACUUAGCUCAAGUAUUUUAUAGUCAUUAAUCUUCUAUAUUUAUUUUUUUUCUUCCUAGAUAUUUUCAGUGACUAAAACUAAAUGCCAGUCAAUUUUUAUAUGCCUAAAGUGUUGGUCUGUAUUUUCUAUGUGCAGUUUUAUGAAAUCACAUGGGCCUGUUCGAUCUGCCUUUACAUCCUAGUGAACUAACGAAGACCAAAUUAAGUCCAAAUGGGAUCUGAUCCCAUGCUCUGGAUCCACAGAAAAAUCUCAUUCAAGAUAAUGAUGUUGUUCUGGCAAGACUGAGGUCUGUGUUGUGUUCCUUCUCUGUGCUUUUUCUCCCAGGUGACCCUUAUGCUUUGGAAAAGCCCCCUCAGGUCCAUGCCACUUGGUGGAAAGGGAGGAGUCCAGCCAUAGGGAACAUGUUGCAGGAGAAACAAUUCAAUUCCUAAAGCUCACCUGAGCUAAACUUUGUGCAAACCUGAUUCUGCACUAUUAAAAUCACUAAAAAUUCAGUAUGGUAAAAACAAAGCCUCAGUCCUUAUGCAGAUGAAUUUCCCCUGAAACCAAUGGGAGUCUGAUGGAAAAAGGGACUGAUUGAAAUAUAAAUGAGGAUGGCAAGAGUCUCUCUCUCUUGAUGAAAAUCAACAGGAGCUUUAAUUAUAUAAAUUAUGAGAAGACCAAGCCCUUAAUGACUGCCAUAUUUUAAAUGUUUUCAGAGAAGCACAUUUAUUUUGAAAUUGUACAAGCAAAGAAAUGCAAUUUUCCUUAUUAAUAGAUGUAUUUUUUGGAAAGGAUCAAGCUUUAGAAGUGCUUUUGGUAUAAUUUCAUUAUAUAUUUUUGACUAUGCUGAAUAUUAUUUCCAGAAGCACAGGUUUAGACAGUUGGAUUUUCUGGUCUUGACUGUGUACGCGGGAUCCACUCCUGAACACCUAUCUCAUGUAUAGUAUCUGAUCAGAACAUUUACUCAAGCAGUUGCAGGACUGGACUUAGCUUUCAUUCCAGUACAGGAGGUGUAAGAAGUGAAGUCCAGGAUCACUUCAUUCAUCAUGAAUUGCCAUGUAGCAAAUUAUGCAAAAUUACCUGGGUAUAUUUUUCUGUUUUUCUAAAACUUUGAAGCCAUUUCAGACUUAGUACCCAUUUACCACAGUAAGGGGAGGGCUUGUUUUGAGUUCUGGAGUCAGUCUCCAAUGCUUGUGGAAUUUCAAAACAACCUAAGGAGUCUUAAGAUGAAGUUACUCCCCUGUGCACCUGAAAGGAGUCUGACUCUUCGUAUUGAUGGAAACUGAAGAUUGUUCAGGGAGAUAGCUUUGCAAUCAGUCUAUUUUUUAUAUUUUAUACUAACUGCAGAAUCCUGAAUUAAUGUUUUAAUUCCUUUUCAAUGAUGAAACCAAAUGUACACAUUUAAACAUGUUCACAGAGUGAUCAGAACAAUUUCCGAAUAGCCACAUUAAUCCAAAUCUCGGGUGGGGGGAAUAAUAUAUCGCACAAACUGCAAAGGAAGUUCAUACAAGAAAGCUGUUUACAGGGGAAGCAUAUAAUGCAAAGAAUGUAACAUGGUGUAGGAAGUUAUUGCACUACAGAAUUUAUAUAAAAACCACUUUUUUAAAUAAAAACACAAAAGGCCUUUUAAUGCUUCAUUGUAUAGAAUAUAGGAGCCUCUGUGCUAAUGCAGCAAUCUAAUGCACUGUGUCCUCACUUCAAAAUUGGUCUCAAAAUUCAAAUGCUAGUGAUGUUAGAGAGGUGAUAUCUGAUCUAACACUAGAGCAACUGACGUCAAGAGCUUUUUAGCACAAUAUUACUUAACCAAAAUUGUACAAAGAAAAAUGUAAAAAACUUUUGCCUAUAGCAUUCAUAAAUCAAAACAACAGUUGGCUUCUUGAGUCUUUUCCUAACAGGUAACACUGGGCAAUAGAUUUUUAUUCCUUGAAAAAACAGUUUUUUAAAAAGCAGGUCUCUUCCUGUACAUGCGGACUGACCUUCUGUUUCCUUAGAUCUAUUUCAAACAAGAUUUACCUUCACAUUAUUUAAUUCAUUCCUCCAAUCUCAUCUGCAAACCACAGUCCAGUACAAAAGACAGUUGUCUUUCAACCGCUAUCACAAAUACAGUCAUCCAGGGUCUAUAUGACUGGGUUUUCAUUCAUAAAAUUUUUGAUUCAUUCAUAUAUUUUUGAUUCAUUUGGACAGAAAAGUAAUGUUUUGAUCAUGCAAAAAUAUUUUUAAAGCAAAAAAAUGCAAGAAAUAUGUUUUUUUCAAAGUAGCCAGCACAGAUCGAGCAAGAAAUGCAAAUACUGCAAAGGCGGAAGAAAGGCAGAAAACUGUAAGUAAACAAGGUAUGUUUUAAUAUACUAUAUAAACAGGAAAUAUAGUAAAAUAUAUAUAAAAUAAUCCUUGUUCACACUUAAUGAGGUCAAAAUGUGAGUAGCAAAAGAUUUCAUUCCAGUCCUACUCCAUCUUAAUUUUUACCCUAGUAUCAACAGGUCUCUACUGAGGUUUUCAGUGAUGCUGUUACCUACUUUCCUGCCACAUGAACAUCUGAUUUGUAAUCAUUUUCUCAGAAGACUUUACUGAAAAAGAUAGUGUGUUCCUAUCUUUAUCAAUCUUUGGAUCUCUUCCCACUGCCCUCCAAACACCAAGCUUUUCUUCUUCUUGGGAAUGCUUAGAAGACAACCCACCAAACAAGAUGAUAGCGUGUCUUGUGUGUGUCUUGUUUAUCAGGAAAGCAUUUUGGUAGUCUGGUUGGUGCCAAUCGCCAGAUGGACUCCAUUGCAUUUGAAUCAAGGAGCAAGAAGAACUGAGUGUUAUUUCUCUCUGCUAUUGUUGCAGCCAUACAAUAUCACAGCUUCACACGUUUUCUAGUUUUCAAAUGCUCUGAAUUCUCCAGCGUCCCCCUCAACCUGCAAGAUGUUUCAGUGCAUUUGUUCAGUGCUUUUGCAAGAGCUUUUGUAAAAGCAGUUGACUGCUAAAUGCUAUUAAAAAAGCCAUCAGCAUAAGUGUGAACAUUUCUCUCUUGUCCAAUAUAUUUUUAUUACUAAGAGGUACUCAGUUUAAACUCCAGCUGAAAUGCUUUCAUAUUCUAAAACAGAUCAGGUGUUCUGGGAGCCAAAUCCUUCACAGCUACUCUAUUGGUUUCCUAAACAAACGAAGGUUAGGUGACUGGCAGGCAGAUACAAAAUUGUUUGCAUGGUGUAGAAGUUUCUUGUUCAGUAAUCAUAUAUGGGUGAUACCUGGCAGAUGGAUUAUCACACUUGUCUUUGUAUUUCUUCUGAUGCAGGUUUUAAUAAUAUUGUUUGGAAAUGUUGUGUUAUGAUAUUUAAGUAGCAUUACCCUUUAGUGCAAUGCAGAUUUCUUCCAGAACAGCAGUGAUACCCUAUAGUCCUAUAUUAUUAUUGAUUGCUAUUUAUUUUUUUUUAUGACACCUAACAAAGAACCAGAUGGAUCCCAUUGUAGAACAAGGAAGUAGCACACAAAUAUUAUUGCUCAUUUUAAAGAGCAAAGAACUUGAUACUAGCUAGCAUUUAAUUCAAAAAGGUAUGAUUAUCCUGAUUAUGCCUGUGAACCAAACAGAAGAGUAGUAUCUCGUUACCUUAGACAUUGACUGUAAUCCUGUGGUUAAUGUAAACCCCGAAUCUAAGAGCAGUCUAGGUAAUUAAUUUCAUUAGGUUCUUUUUUUUUUACCUCAGAUAAAGCAUUUAAAUACAUACUAUACAUAAAUAACAUCAGCAGGAACAGUGUACACUUCUAUAUCUGGAAGUCUAUGGCUAUGUUUACACUGGCAUCUGGAUGGAAAUUGGGAGAGCUCUCUUGACAUCAAUCUCUCAGCUAUCCCUGUUUCUUAUGCUUUGGUUCGCAUCAGAAAGCAAUAUUGGACCAUGCAAACUGGAUUACUUUUAGAUGAAGCUGAACCAGAAAAACUUGUUCCGUAGGGCCAUCUCCUGUGCUGCAACCAGCACAAAGCACUCAGGCCUUGGCAUCAGACUAGAGCUAGUCCAAAAUUAUAGCACUCCUGAUAUACACAGAGUAAAAUGUCAGCAGAAACUGUUUUCCUCAACAAAUCUGAUUCUAUUGUGUUGUACUGAUUGCUAAUGUAGACAUAGAUUAUUUCCAUCACAUUUUAUUACCUCCAGUCCAUGUAGUCUUAGCUAAAUCCCUUACUCAAGGAAAUUCUGCCAUUGCCACCAGUGGUAUUUCAUAAAAAGAGUAAAAUAUAGCCAAAGAUUAAAUAGUCCCCAGUGUAUUCUCCAACUUAACCCAGGUGGAACAGUAAAACAGUGAAUUCUUGAUAAGCCCUGGAUAGUUGUGGGUUGCAGCUCGGACCACACUCUUAAAUGCUGCAUAUUUCUAUAGUCAGUUAACUCUAAAGUUGGUGUUACAUUUGAUUAAGACAGUGCAGACAGCCCUACAUUGACUCUUACUUCAAAAUCGUUAAAUCAGUGGAAGGAUUUAACUUGCUGCAAGUAGCCCUGUAUCACUUAACAGUGACUCUUAGUUUAUACUGGUAUAAAUAAAAGCACGUGCCUGUGCAACGGCCAAGCGUUGACAGAGCAUCAGAGGCCCAGCUUCAGUAUUUUGUGUCAAUCUGCCACUUUGAACACCAGUUGAAAUUUAUUUAAAUUGGGGGGCUAAUAGGGUUUUGAACAUGUGCUUAGUUGCUCUGAUGUCUAUAACAUAUCUUGUAAAAUGUAAUGCAAGGAACAAAAAGUCUAUUCAAUUUUUUACAUUUUUUAAUGAUUUCAUGGUGAAAGUCUUACAUUGAUAUUUUUGCUCUAUGUUUUGCUCAGAUAGCAUCUCUCAGUGGAGGUUCAGAAUACAAAACAUUUAUGCCUGUUCUUGAAGUCCUUAAGCAGAAGGCCAAUGGAAUUCUGCCUGUAUAAAACUGAAGGAUGGAGCAAUAUAUUAUAGCUUUAGGCAAAAGGAACAGUUUCUAACACAUACUACAAAUUUUAAAAAAGAAAAAAACACUGUUGGGGACAAUCAUGGGUACUUCUGCUAGGAUGCAGAGUUCUGGAUUUAUACCUCUUAAUUUUCAAAGAGUUAUGCAGAGUUUUAUGUAUAUAACUUUCAAGAGUCAAAGGAGCCACGCUGAUAAGCUGAAAAAUGGAGGGAUUAGUGCACAAAGAACCUGAGAGUUGAAUACAUAGCCUAUUGCUUUAAGAUCACUGUAAAUAUCAACUAAAAAUAUGUACUAAUUCAUGUUUAUAAGUUAUCACUGUGUUAGUUUCAUAGAUACAGUAGCAUGACUAUUAUUAGUUCUGUUGAGUUUAAUGAACUUUACUUUGUAUUCCUCUGUGAAUGCUCUGAAUGCUGCAAACAAAAAAAGCACAACAGUAUUUUUUCAAGUUCUCUUGACGCGAUAGCAGUGUCUUCACUAUUGUUCAAUUUUACAGAAUUAGCAACAUUUCAUCAUAAAAUGCUAUAUUAACAAUGUAUCUUUCUUUAAAAGAACUGUCACUAGGAGAUAAAAGCAUAUGUGAUAAGUCUUGUCUAAUAUCAUCCAUCUGCCUUUACAAAAUGCCCCAGUCAUUUUGUGGGAGAACAUACUGCUUUUGCUUCAUGUGUUGUUUGUAUCUGGGGGUGGGGCAGGGAAAUAAUAGGGCAUUUUGCAAUGGUAACCACAUCAAACAUGCUUUGUUUCAUUAUUAUUGUAUUUGUUCGAAACAUUUUGAUUUAAUUUCUUUUUGUAGGUAAGACUGACAAUAGCUUUAUUUUCUCAGCUAACCAUCUGAUUCCAUUAGACUAAUAACUUCUCACAUCUAGUGGUAUUCGUAUCAAUGUCUCCAUAUCAGCUACAUUUUAACUUCAUAAAAAAGGAAAUGUGAUUAUUAUUUUUGUCAUACUAGAUUUUGCUGAUCAACUAAAUAUUUCUGCACCAAUCUACAUAUUAAUAUGCAUGUUGUAGUCUGUACAAUUGUUCAACAUCAAAAUAUCUGUUUAAUUUAUGUCAAAUGUCUGUAAAAUAAUUGCAUUGUUCUCCAUUUCAGUCUAAUAAGCAGGAUAGUAAAUAAAUGUGUAAAUGAAUCAUCUGUGUCUCAUUUCAGUUCUCUGCAUGAAACCACUUUACAUUGAACAUUGCAUAUAUACCAAAAACAAUAAUCCAUAGUGUCUUUUAGAUUUCAUGAUCUCUGGCAGAUAGUGUUUACAGAAAUAAAUCAUUUGACCAUGCAAAUAAAGUCAGAAUCCAUUAUGUUUAAAAAAAAAUUAAAUACAAUGCUUCUAAGCCUUUUUUUCCCUCUCUCUGUUCAGCAUUACUGCUAAUUACUCCUCACAAUGUAGAUAAAAAACCUCAAAAGACUUUAUAAAAGUGAGUAAACAUUAUUGCCUACAGGACGGAAAGCCAGAAGCAUGAAAACACUCAGCGGUCUUUUUUUGGAUGGUCAAGCCUAGG